AUGACUAAUAUCAGUCAGUUGGUUGAUUUACACUCUACCUCUAUCAAGAAAUUAGUGCAUCAGAUGAGCCAGUUAUCAAUAACAUUUAAUCAAAGGAAGACUAUUACUUUGCCUAGUGACGUGGUGAAAAAUCCUAGGAAAGAUGGGCAAUGUAUGGCUGUGACAACGAGGAGUGAUAAGGAAGAUAGAAAAGAUUUGUUCGAUGAUGAUGAUGAGGCUGAUGAGAUAGUAUUGGAGAAGAAAAGGACUAAAGAGAACAUUGGUACAAAGCAAACAGAAGAAGAGGGACCUCGUCCUGUGCCACCUAUUCGCAAGACACCGCCUCUAUUUCUACAUAUAUUAAAGAAAAGAGACGAGGAUGGCAAGUGUCUAAAAUUUAUUUUAAUCCUUAAGGAAAUAUCAGUCAAUAUCCCAAUGGUGGAGGCGCUAGAGCAAAUGCCAGGUUAUGCCAAGUUCAUAAAGGAUUUGUUCACAACGAAGAGGAUGAUUUAUUUUGAGCCAGUAGAUAAUUUACAUCACUAUAGCGUUGUUGCUACAAGGUCAUUGGUGGAAAAGAAGGAAGAUCCUGGCGCAUUUAUUAUACCUUGCACCAUUGGUGCUUUUGUUUUUGCAUGGGAUUUCUGUGAUUUGGGAGCCCCUAAAUUGACUUCUAUGCGGCUGUUCAUUUUCCCUGCUGAUUUUGUUAUAAAAGAUUGCCAGGUUGAUUUUGAGGUUCAUAUAAUCUUGGAGAGACCAUUUUUUGCAACUGACAAAGCAUUAGUAGAUGUAGAGUAUGGAGAACUUAUAUUCAGACUAAACAAUGAAGAAUUCAAGUUCAAUCCUUUAGCAGCUGUAAUCAUGAAUUUCAACGGUGAUGGUAUUGAGGGGGAUGAUGACUCUUUUGAUUUUGAGGUGAAAGACCAUAAAGGGAGUGAAAAUCAGGUAGUUGACCAUUUUUCUAGUCUGGAAGAUGAAAGUAGAGGUAAGGAUGAGCUUGAAAUUGAUGAUUCCUUCCCGAAUGAACAAGUUUUGGCUGCCAAUCUUGAUCUUAUUCCUUCAUUUGCUGAUUAUGCUAACUAUCUUGUUAGUGACCCUUUGCCUGAAGACUUUACUUUCCAUCAGAAAAAGUUCUUACAUGAUAUUAACAAGUACUUCUGGGAUGAACGAUACUUAUUCAGGAUGUGUGUUAACAAUGUCAUCAAGAGGUGCAUCCCAGAAGCAGAGAUGUUAAGCAUUUUGGAGGCUUGCCACUCCUGA